GAAACUUGUACUGAGACUGAAUUAAUCAAACUGUGUUGAGUAAGAGACAUGAAGAGCUGUUUGACACUCGUUUUACUGUCUUCAGUGGUUACACGUAUCACAGCUAACAGUGUUAACGUGAUACUCGUGAACAGUAACAGCCGCUGUUCUGGUAGAGUGGAGGUUCUUCAUGAUGGUCAGUGGGGAACAGUGUGUGGUAGGGGAUGGGAUAAGACAGAUGCUGAAGUGGUGUGUAGAGAGAUCGGCUGUGGAGAGGCUUUAGAAGCACCAUGGCUUGCUUACUUUGGACAAGGAUCAGGACCAAUCUGGAUGGAUAAUGUGCGCUGUAGUGGAUCAGAGUCUACACUGAAGGACUGUGGAUCAAGUGGAUGGGGUGUUAAUAACUGUGAUCAUAGUUAUGAUGCUGGAGUUAUCUGCUCAGAAACCAUAAACUACGGAAGGUUUACAAGACUUGCUGAUGGACCUCAUCUGUGUUCUGGGAGAUUAGAGAUAUUUCAUGAGAAGACGUGGGUUUCAGUGUGUGAUGCUGCCUUUGACCAGCAGGAUGCAGAGGUUGUGUGUAGAGAGCUGGACUGUGGGGCUCCUGUACAGGUGCUGGGAGCAGCUGCUUUUGGCAAAGGAGAGGGACAGAUGUGGACAAAAGAGAUUCAGUGUAGAGGAAAUGAAUCACUCAUUCGAUUCUGUCCAUCAUCAUCUUCAAGAACCUGCUCCCAUGACAAAAACGUGGGACUGAAAUGUUCUGGUUACUCUGAGCUUAGACUGGACAACGGGCCAGAUAACUGUUCUGGUCGAGUGGAGCGUCAGUAUUUCAAUGAGUGGGGAACAGUAUGUGAUGGAUGUAUGGAUAUGAGAGCUGCCAGUGUCCUCUGUGGACAGCUGAAUUGUGGGAUUGCUGUGUCUGUUGUGGGAGCAGACUGGUUUGGAGAGGGAAGUGAUUCGCCUCUGGCUCUUCAUGAUGGGCGAGUGCGGUUGUCUGGAGAGAGAGAGUGUGAGGGGGAGGUGGAAGUUUACAUCCAUCAGGUCUGGAGGAGAGUACUGCUGGACUCCUGGAGUCUCACUGAAUCCUCUGUGGUCUGCAGACAGCUGGGCUGUGACUCUGUGCUGAACUUCUACAGCUCCUCUUCAUCCAGUCCUGAACACAGUCAUGAGUGUGUGAUGGGCUUCCAGUGCUCUGGGAGUGAAGCUCAUCUGGGGAACUGCAGCUCUCCACAAACUCUCAACUGCAGCUCCACACAACAGCUGUCAAUCACCUGCCUUAGUCGUGGGUCCAUCAGGCUGGUGGGUUCUGGAGGAGACUGUGCAGGGAGGCUGGAGGUUUUUCACAGCGGCUCAUGGGGGACAGUGUGUGAUGACUCCUGGGAUAUUAAAGAUGCCCAUGUGGUGUGCAGACAGCUGCAGUGUGGAGUGGCCCUCAGUAACCAGCAGGUACCAGCCUGGUUUGGUCCUGGUUCUGGACACAUAUGGCUGGAUGAGGUGAACUGUGAGGGGAAUGAGAUGUCCCUGUUGAACUGCUCUUCUCAGGUUUGGGGGAAACAUGACUGUCAACACAAGGAGGAUGUAGGAGUCGUGUGCUCAGAGUUCAAAGAGAUCAGAUUAACUGAUGGUUGUGAAGGGAAUGUGGAGGUUUUCUACAAUGGAUCAUGGGGUAAUGUAUGCUGGAACCAGAUGGACAGAGACACAGCGAGUCUGAUCUGUCAAGAGCUGAACUGUGGAAGAUCUGCCAGUGACCCCAGUAACUCACAAGGACUAAAGUUAAAUUGGCUGGAUCAAUUUAAAUGUCGUCCACAUGACUCAACUCUGUGGCAGUGUCCAUCUUCAACCUGGGGACAGAAUGACUGCAGUGAAGAUGAAGUGGCCAACAUUUCCUGCUCUGAGGAGAGUCGUGAUUCUCCACACAGUCUUCUGACAUGUUCUACCUCACAAUCGCCUCACCAGAGACAGUGUUCAAAUCAUGUCCCUCUGAGACUGAGAGGAGGGAAGGGCCGGUGUUCUGGGAGACUGGAGGUGUAUCAUAACGCUGUGUGGGGUUCAGUCUGUGAUGAUCAGUGGGACAUCAGGGAUGCUCAGGUGGUCUGCAGGCAGCUGGGUUGUGGAGCAGCACUGAGUGCUGAUGGGAAUGCAGCCUUUGGUGCUGGUGAAGGUGUUGUGUGGCUGAACAGAGUCGAGUGCAGAGGGAAUGAGAUUCACCUGUGGGACUGUCCUCUCUCCCUGAAUAACCACACUGACUGCUCACACAAAGAGGACGCUGGACUCACCUGUUCAGAUUUGUCUGUGUCCACUACUCCUGCCCCAACAACAUCAGCUUUUCCUCGAGAUGCAGAAACAAAAAGGAGACCAGCACGAUCAACAUCAAUCACUCGUCCACAAAAUCCUCCUCCUCUCUCCAUCCCUCCAGUGGUUGUGAUUGUAUUUGGAGCUGUGCUCUUACUGCUCUUACUGCCACUCAUUAUACUGAUUCAGCAGAACAGAGUGAUGAGGAGAGCUCUCUUUAAGUGGAGACACAAGACUCUGACUGAAGCCGUUUAUGAGGAGAUUGAUCACAGACACACAAACAGACACAAUCACUUCACUCAGAGGGGAAGUCUCAUCUCUGAAGAACAGCAUUCUGGGUAUGAAGAUGCUGAACGUCUCUCAGAAAAAGAGUUCAAGACUGAAUAUUAUGAUGAUGUCACCAACGGCAGUGGCAUAAAAGAAGAGAUGGUAAAAGUAGUCACUCCGGGAUACUAUGAUGAUGUCAUCACUGAUGGACUGAAACCAGAUUGUGAGACCGUUGCAGAAGACUCACCUGAGAGGUACGAUGAUGUCAUCACCACAGGACACAAUUUUGAUAUUAAAAAAGUGGACACACCAGAUAAUUAUGAUGAUGUCAUCAUUAAUGGACACAGCUCAAAAGGUGUACUCGAGGGAGUUCAGGAGGAGUAUGAUGAUGUGAAGAGUGUCAGUGAAGAUUGCCUCUUGGAUUUGACAUGUGACACGGGCCAAAAACUCCUCAAAGUUGGACAAGAGGUGAGGCUCAUCUUUCCUGAGCUGAGUCCAAAGACUGCGGACCUCACUCGGGCUGAAUCAAAGAGAGAAAAUUUCUGGAAAAACUCUUCUCCCUUGUCCAGUAUAGCAAUGUUUCCCCAACCUGAUUCCUUCUUCUCCAGACUUUUCUUUGGCUGUGGCAGCCGCUGGCUCUUAUCCUUGUCUGAGCCACUGCUGAUGACCCGAGUGGCUCUAACGUGUUCAAACUCUGACAUGGUUCCAACUCUGUCCACUAAAGCGUACCUUGACCAAGGGUUAAAAGUUACGAAUAAAGACGUGAUGGCGGAUGGAUUUCGCAGACCAGAUCCCCUCGUUUUUGACGGGAACCUUGCUGAGAAUUGGCGGAUUUUUGAACAAGAAUAUGAUAUAUUCAUUGCAGCGGCGCACUCUGACAAGCCUGCCAAAACAAAGGCAUAUAUUCUCCUCAAUCUAGCAGGAGCGGAGGCCAUCGAACGUGAGCGUUCAUUUGUUUACACAGCAGAGGUGAGGGCGCCAGGUGAAGCUGGAGCCGUUGUCGUUCCAGCUGAGUCUAGAGAAGACCCCGAGUGUUUGAAACGGAAAUUUCGGGAGGUAUGCAACCCUCAACAUAACAAAACUAUGGAGAGACACAAGUUUCAUUCACGAAAUCAAAAGCAAGGUGAGACUAUCGAAUCUUACAUAAGUGAUUUGAGGAUCAAAGCUAGCAGUUGUCACUUUGGAAACCUGGCAGAUGAACUGAUAUGUGACAGAAUAGUAUGUGGCAUCAGAAAUGACAGUAUAAGAAAGGCUUUGCUACGUGAUAGUGAAUUAACUCUAACUAAAGCCAUUACAAUCUGCCGCAUUUAUGAGAUGACUGAGGAAAAUAAUAGACCUCUAGCCAUGCCCCAAACAGCCACCACUGUUGACGCAAUUCAGCCAAAUCCCAGUGGGUGGCAACAGAGGUCAAGAUAUAAAUCUCAAGCAGUCAAAUACGAGACAAAAUCCAUUACAAACUGCAGCAAUUGUGGAAGCAGCAAUGCUGCACAGAGAGACAAAUGUCCUGCUUUUGGCCAGCAAUGCCAUAACUGUAAAAAAUUAAAUCAUUAUAAAAAAUGCUGCAAGUCCAUGUCACACCGUCAAGGCUAUGAAAAGAAAAGUUAUGCAAAACACAAAGACUAUAGAAAACCUGUGUACCAGUUAGAGCUGGAAAAGCCAGACAACAGUGCCAGUGAUGACACUUUUUAUGUGGAUGGUGUCAAACUCGACGACAAGUGUGUAAACACCAUCACUCCUCAGACAGAAGGAAAGGAUGAAGGAUUUGUUACACUGCACAUACAUAACAAGCCCUUUGAGAUGAAAGUUGAUACAGGUGCUAGGUGUAACGUAUUGUCAAAAGAUGCCUUCCAACUGCUUGCUGGCGGUGAGCGACCAAUGAAAUGCACCAAAGACACCAACUUAGUGGCUUAUGGAGGCAGCAAAAUAGAGACUACUGGAAUAGUUACACUGCCUUGUUGCUUAGAUGGACAGCAACACACACUACCUUUUUUCCUAGUGGACCGAGAUGUAGUGCCACUACUGGGAUUUCGUGCAUGUGUGCGCUUAGGAAUUGUCACAAUGAGCCCUCACGUUCAUCAGGUCAGCACCGAGAGCGAUGCUGAUUUCACUAAACAGAUUUUCGCACAAUACAAAGAUGUGUUCAGUGAGGAGCUCGGAAAACUCCCUAUCACAUACUCUAUGACACUGGAUCCAACUUUUCUGAACCUACUGACUGGGUUUCGGUCCAUGGUGGCAACACAUAAAAAGGACAAACAAGAAAUCAGACUGUGUAUCAAUCCAAAAGACCUCAACACUGCUCUGAAGAGACCCCAUUAUCCAAUGCGUGGCGUUGAGGAAGUUGCGACCCAGAUGUCAGGUGCUACAGUGUUCUCUGUGCUAGAUGCAAGGAGCUCAUUCUGGCAAAUACGUCUGGAUCACAAGUCAUCAAUGCUGACCACAUUCAGCACACCUUUUGGCCGCUAUAGAUUCCUUCAGUAUGCCUUUUGGCAUAAGCUCAGCAAGCGAAGUUUUCCAGCUUCGAUGGAACAACUGUUUGCUGGAUAUCCGUGUGCUAUUAUAGUAGAUGACAUCAUCAUAGGAGGUUGUGAUGCUAUAGAACAUGACGCCAAUCUAAAACAGGUGCUCGACCGGGCCCGAGAGAUAAACCUCAGGCUGAACCGUCUCAAAUGCAAGUUCCGCCUGAACCAGGUCUGUUAUGUGGGUCACAUAUUUACAAAGGAGGGCCUAAAAGCCGACCCUGCCAAGACUGCAGCUAUCACAGAUAUGCCAGUCCCUCAGGACGUCCCAACCAUGCAGCGAUUCCUUGGUAUGGUGAACUAUCUUGGGAAGUUCAUCCCAAACCUCAGCGAGAUUGCAGCGCCUCUGAGACAGCUCACACACAAAGACACUGCAUGGAGCUGGUUUCCUCAGCAUCAGCAGGCGUUUGACCAUCUUAAGUCAUGCCUAUCCAGUGCACCAGUCUUAUCCUACUAUGAUGAGCUGUUGGCAGUGGUGUUUGCAUGUACCAAAUUCAAGGAUUAUGUGUAUGGGAAGCCCACGGUCAUUGAAACCGACCAUCAACCCCUCGUCACAAUCCUAAAGAAGCCCAUCCACACUGCUCCUGCCCAACUGCAAAGGAUGCUACUACAGUUACAAGCCUAUGAUAUCACACUGGUCUACAAGAAGGGUAAGCACAUGUACCUAGCCGACACCCUAUCACGAGCUCCAAACAAAGCUGUCUCACAAUGCCCAGCUACCAAUAACACAUUUGAGGUGAUGUCGGUCAGCUACAUCUCAACUAACCGACUAGAGGAGCUCCGGACCCACACAGCACAGGAUCAGAGGUCACCCAGGCUUAGAGUCAACCAGGCGCAGGGCCAGGAGCACUGUUUUUGGCCGUCAAUGAACAAAGACAUUGCAGAAGAAUUGCUAUCAUGCUCCGUCUGCAACAGCACCAGACCACACCAGCAGAAGGAACCUCUACAGCCACAUUCAGUUCCAGCUUUGCCAUGGUCUACAGUGGCUACUGAUAUGUUUGAGUGGCACGGACAACAGUACCAGGUGCUGGAACAUUCCCGUGACCAAGCAUUGGGCUCACCUGCAGAACGUCUGAUGUCACGGCAGACACGCUCAACUCUUCCUGUCAGCACCAGACUGCUGGAGCCAGCCCUGAAGAACACAAAGCGGGUCACUGCCCAACUAAAAAAUAAAAGACUCAUUCAAAAGCGAUACUACGAUGCAUCAAGCCACCCACUACAGCCGCUUGCAGAGGGACAAGUUGUUAGGAUGCAGACCAUCAAGGGACACGACCACUUGGGCACUGUGAAGGAAGUGUGCAAGGAACCACGUUCCUACAUCAUCGAGUCCGAUGGAGGAACCUACAGAAGAAAUCGUCGUCACAUCCUUCCUGUUGCUGAGCCACCACCACGACAGAUCAACUCUGAAGACUUUGAUCGUCAGUAUGCCGGUCCAGCUGCUCCAGACAGUUUCCCAUCCACACCACAUGCAUCUCAAGAGACCCAGGUAACACCUCUGCCCACUAGCGAGCAGCAGAGGCCUGCUGUUCAAUCUCCAAAGAAGGUAACACUAGACAGUGUUAACGUGAGACUUGUGAACAGUAACAGCCGCUGUUCUGGUAGAGUGGAGGUUCUUCAUGAUGGUCAGUGGGGAACAGUGUGUGGUGAUGACUGGAAUAAGACAGAUGCUGAAGUGGUCUGUAGAGAGAUCGGCUGUGGAGAGGCUUUAGCAGCACCACAGUAUGGUUACUUUGGACAAGGAUCAGGACCAAUCUGGAUGGAUAAUGUGCGCUGUAGUGGAUCAGAGUCUACACUGAAGGACUGUGGAUCAUUAGGAUGGGGUGUUAAUGACUGUGAUCAUCGUUAUGAUGCUGGAGUUAUCUGCUCAGAAACCAUAAACUACGGAAGGUUUACAAGACUUGCUGAUGGACCUCAUCUGUGUUCUGGGAGAUUAGAGAUACUUGAUGGAAACACGUGGGUUUCAGUGUGUGAUGCUGCCUUUGACCAGCAGGAUGCAGAGGUUGUGUGUAGAGAGCUGGACUGUGGGGCUCCUGUACAGGUGCUGGGAGCAGCUGCUUUUGGCAAAGGAGAGGGACAGAUGUGGACAAAAGAGAUUCAGUGUAGAGGAAAUGAAUCACUCAUUCGAUUCUGUCCAUCAUCAUCUUCAAGAACCUGCUCCCAUGACAAAAACGUGGGACUGAAAUGUUCUGGUUACUCUGAGCUUAGACUGGACAACGGGCCAGAUAACUGUUCUGGUCGAGUGGAGCGUCAGUAUUUCAAUGAUUGGGGAACAGUAUGUGAUGGAUGUAUGGAUAUGAGAGCUGCCAGUGUCCUCUGUAGACAGCUGAAUUGUGGGAUUGCUGUGUCUGUUGUGGGAGCAGACUGGUUUGGAGAGGGAAGUGGUAAAAUCAGGGCUGAUGUGUUUGAUUGUCAGGGGAAUGAAACACAACUCUCACAAUGUCCCAUCUCUUCAUGGAGUCGAGCUGAACGUUCUCAUAGACGAGAUGUUGGAGUCAUCUGCUCAAAUUCGUCUCUGGCUCUUCAUGAUGGGCGAGUGCGGUUGUCUGGAGAGAGAGAGUGUGAGGGGGAGGUGGAAGUUUACAUCCAUCAGGUCUGGAGAAGAGUUCUGCUGGACUCCUGGAGUCUCACUGAAUCCUCUGUGGUCUGCAGACAGCUGGGCUGUGACUCUGUGCUGAACUUCUACAGCUCCUCUUCAUCCAGUCCUGAACACAGUCAUGAGUGUGUGAUGGGCUUCCAGUGCUCUGGGAGUGAAGCUCAUCUGGGGAACUGCAGCUCUCCACAAACUCUCAACUGCAGCUCCACACAACAGCUGUCAAUCACCUGCCUUAGUCGUGGGUCCAUCAGGCUGGUGGGUUCUGGAGGAGACUGUGCAGGGAGGCUGGAGGUUUUUCACAGCGGCUCAUGGGGGACAGUGUGUGAUGACUCCUGGGAUAUUAAAGAUGCCCAUGUGGUGUGCAGACAGCUGCAAUGUGGAGUGGCCCUCAGUAACCACCAGGUUCCAGCCUGGUUUGGUCCUGGUUCUGGACCCAUAUGGCUGGAUGAGGUGAACUGUGAGGGGAAUGAGACGUCCCUGUUGAACUGCUCUUCUCAGGUCUGGGGAAAACAUGACUGUCAUCACAAAGAGGAUGUAGGAGUCGUGUGCUCAGAGUUCAAAGAGAUCAGAUUAACUGAUGGUUGUGAAGGGAAUGUGGAGGUUUUCUACAAUGGAUCAUGGGGUAAUGUAUGCUGGAACCAGAUGGACAGAGACACAGCGAGUCUGAUCUGUCAAGAGCUGAACUGUGGAAGAUCUGCCAGUGACCCCAGUAACUCACAAGGACUAAAGUUAAAUUGGCUGGAUCAAUUUAAAUGUCGUCCACAUGACUCAACUCUGUGGCAGUGUCCAUCUUCAACCUGGGGACAGAAUGACUGCAGUGAAGAUGAAGUGGCCAACAUUUCCUGCUCUGAGGAGAGUCGUGAUUCUCCACACAGUCUUCUGACAUGUUCUACCUCACAAUCGCCUCACCAGAGACAGUGUUCAAAUCAUGUUCCUCUGAGACUGAGAGGAGGGAAGGGCCGGUGUUCUGGGAGACUGGAGGUGUAUCAUAACGCUGUGUGGGGUUCAGUCUGUGAUGAUCAGUGGGACAUCAGGGAUGCUCAGGUGGUCUGCAGGCAGCUGGGUUGUGGAGCAGCACUGAGUGCUGAUGGGAAUGCAGCCUUUGGUGCUGGUGAAGGUGUUGUGUGGCUGAACAGAGUCGAGUGCAGAGGGAAUGAGAUUCACCUGUGGGACUGUCCUCUAUUUGUCUGUGUCCACUACUCCUGCCCCAACAACAUCAGCUUUUCCUCAAGUUUCAGAAACAACAAGGAGACCAGCACGAUCAACAUCAAUCACUCGUCCACAAAAUCCUCCAUCAUCUCCUCUCUCCAUUCCUCCAGUGGUUUUGAUUGUAUUGGGAGCUGUGCUCUUACUGCUCUUACUGCCACUCAUUAUACUGAUUCAGCAGAACAGAGUGAUGAGGAGAGACUGAUCUGCUCUCAUUUAACAGGAAGUCUCAUCUCUGAAGAACAGCAUUCUGGGUAUGAAGAUGCUGAACUUCUCUCAGAAAAAGAGUUCAAGACUGAAUAUUAUGAUGAUGUCACCAACGGCAGUGGCAUAAAAGAAGAGAUGGUAAAAGUAGUCACUCCGGGAUACUAUGAUGAUGUCAUCACUGAUGGACUGAAACCAGAUUUUGCAGAAGACUCACCUGAGAGGUACGAUGAUGUCAUCACCACAGGACACAAUUUUAAUAUUAAAAAAGUGGACACACCAGAGAAUUAUGAUGAUGUCAUCAUUAAUGGACACAGCUCAAAAGGUGUACUCGACAGUGUUAACGUGAGACUUGUGAACAGUAACAGCCGCUGUUCUGGUAGAGUGGAGGUUCUUCAUGAUGGUCAGUGGGGAACAGUGUGUGAUGACAACUGGGAUAAGACAGAUGCUGAAGUGAUGUGUAGAGAGAUCAGCUGUGGAGAGGCUUUAGCAGCACCACAGGCUGGUUAUUUUGGAGAAGGAUCAGGACCAAUCUGGAUGGAUGAUGUGAGCUGUAGUGGAUCAGAGUCUACACUGAAGGACUGUGGAUCAAGUGGAUGGGGUGUUAGUAACUGUAGACAUAGUGAAGAUGCUGGAGUUAUCUGCUCAGAAACCAUAAACUACGGAAGGUUUACAAGACUUGCUGAUGGACCUCAUCUGUGUUCUGGGAGAUUAGAGAUAUUUCAUGAGAAGACGUGGGUUUCAGUGUGUGAUGCUGCCUUUGACCAGCAGGAUGCAGAGGUUGUGUGUAGAGAGCUGGACUGUGGGGCUCCUGUACAGGUGCUGGGAGCAGCUGCUUUUGGCAAAGGAGAGGGACAGAUGUGGACAAAAGAGAUUCAGUGUAGAGGAAAUGAAACACUCAUUCGAUUCUGUCCAUCAUCAUCUUCAAGAACCUGCUCCCAUGACAAAAACGUGGGACUGAAAUGUUCUGGUUACUCUGAGCUUAGAUUGGAUAACGGGCCAGAUAACUGUUCUGGUCGAGUGGAGCGUCAGUAUUUCAAUGAGUGGGGAACAGUAUGUGAUGGAUGUAUGGAUAUGAGAGCUGCCAGUGUCCUCUGUGGACAGCUGAAUUGUGGGAUUGCUGUGUCUGUUGUGGGAGCGGACUGGUUUGGAGAGGGAAGUGGUGAAAUCUGGGCUGAUGUGUUUGAUUGUCAGGGGAAUGAAACACAACUCUCACAAUGUCCCAUCUCUUCAUGGAGUCGAGCUGAACGUUCUCAUAGACGAGAUGUUGGAGUCAUCUGCUCAAAUUCGUCUCUGGCUCUUCAUGAUGGGCGAGUGCGGUUGUCUGGAGAGAGAGAGUGUGAGGGGGAGUUGGAAGUUUACAUCCAUCAGGUCUGGAGAAGAGUUCUGCUGGACUCCUGGAGUCUCACUGAAUCCUCUGUGGUCUGCAGACAGCUGGGCUGUGACUCUGUGCUGAACUUCUACAGCUCCUCUUCAUCCAGUCCUGAACACAGUCAUGAGUGUGUGAUGGGCUUCCAGUGCUCUGGGAGUGAAGCUCAUCUGGGGAACUGCAGCUCUCCACAAACUCUCAACUGCAGCUCCACACAACAGCUGUCAAUCACCUGCCUUAGUCGUGGGUCCAUCAGGCUGGUGGGUUCUGGAGGAGACUGUGCAGGGAGGCUGGAGGUUUUUCACAGCGGCUCAUGGGGGACAGUGUGUGAUGACUCCUGGGAUAUUAAAGAUGCCCAUGUGGUGUGCAGACAGCUGCAAUGUGGAGUGGCCCUCAGUAACCACCAGGUUCCAGCCUGGUUUGGUCCUGGUUCUGGACCCAUAUGGCUGGAUGAGGUGAAUUGUGAGGGGAAUGAGACGUCCCUGUUGAACUGCUCUUCUCAGGUCUGGGGAAAACAUGACUGUCAUCACAAAGAGGAUGUAGGAGUCGUGUGCUCAGAGUUCAAAGAGAUCAGAUUAACUGAUGGUUGUGAAGGGAAUGUGGAGGUUUUCUACAAUGGAUCAUGGGGUAAUGUAUGCUGGAACCAGAUGGACAGAGACACAGCGAGUCUGAUCUGUCAAGAGCUGAACUGUGGAAGAUCUGCCAGUGACCCCAGUAACUCACAAGGACUAAAGUCAAAUUGGCUAGAUAUAUUUAAAUGUCGUCCACAUGAUUCAAAUCUCUGGCAGUGCCCAUCUUCACCCUGGGGACAGAAUGACUGCAGUGAAGGUGAAGUGGCCAAAAUUUCCUGCUCUGAGGAGAGUCAUGAUUCUCCACGCAGUCGUCUGACAUGUUCUACCUCACAAUCGCCUCACCAGAGACAGUGUUCAAAUCAUGUUCCUCUGAGACUGAGAGGAGGGAAGGGCCGGUGUUCUGGGAGACUGGAGGUGUAUCAUAACGCUGUGUGGGGUUCAGUCUGUGAUGAUCAGUGGGACAUCAGGGAUGCUCAGGUGGUCUGCAGGCAGCUGGGUUGUGGAGCAGCACUGAGUGCUGAUGGGAAUGCAGCCUUUGGUGCUGGUGAAGGUGUUGUGUGGCUGAACAGAGUCGAGUGCAGAGGGAAUGAGAUUCACCUGUGGGACUGUCCUCUCUCCCUGAAUAACCACACUGACUGCUCACACAAAGAGGACGCUGGACUCACCUGUGCAGAUUUGUCUGUGUCCACUACUCCUGCCCCAACAACAUCAGCUUUUCCUCAAGUUUCAGAAACAAAAAGGAGACCAGCGCGAUCAACAUCAAUCACUCGUCCACAAAAUCCUCCUCCUCUCUCCAUCCCUCCAGUGGUUGUGAUUGUAUUUGGAGCUGUGCUCUUACUGCUCUUACUGCCACUCAUUAUACUGAUUCAGCAGAACAGAGUGAUGAGGAGAGCUCUCUUUAAGUGGAGACACAAGACUCUGAAUGAAGCCGUUUAUGAGGAGAUUGAUCACAGACACACAAACAGACACAAUCACUUCAAUCAGAGGGGAAGUCUCAUCUCUGAAGAACAGCAUUCUGGGUAUGAAGAUGCUGAACUUCUCUCAGAAAAAGAGUUCAAGACUGAAUAUUAUGAUGAUGUCACCAACGGCAGUGGCAUAAAAGAAGAGAUGGUAAAAGUAGUCACUCCGGGAUACUAUGAUGAUGUCAUCACUGAUGGACUGAAACCAGAUUGUGAGACCGUUGCAGAAGACUCACCUGAAAGGUAUGAUGAUGUCAUCACCACAGGACACAAUUUUGAUAUUAAAAAAGUGGACAAACCAGAGAAUUUUGAUGAUGUCAUCAUUAAUGGACACAGCUCAAAACGUGUACUCGAGGGAGUUCAGGAGGAGUAUGAUGAUGUGAAGAGUGUCAGUGAAGAUGUGAGAAACCUGAUUGACUAUGAUGAUGUGGGGGAGGAGUCGAAGAAAUGAGGGACAGAAAGACUCAAUGGCCACACCCACUGCCUCUGACAUCAUAUUACAGUUUCUGGAGCUGAGAAGAGUUUAUGAGAACAUACAGUGUUACUGAAGAUUCAGUGUCUUCAUGUUUUUGUUAUUUCAAAUAUAUUUGUACUCAACAAUGCAUGUAUUUUUAUUUAGUUUAUUAUUGAAUUGAUUUGAAAAAGUGAUCUUAUAUCACUUUGAAUUUUAUAUUCUGAUUUUUUCAUGUUCUUUCAUACCUUUUUUAAAUGAAAUUAAAUGCAUAGCAGAAAUGUUUGACUGAUUUCUUUUUUGUUAUUAAUAUUUGA